AUGAAGGUCCUCGAGUUGAGCCUGACAGAGGACCAGGAGCGAACACAGCGCCUGCAAGAGUCUCUUGCCGAGCGGGAAAGAGGAGGUCCUCAUGAGCAAACGAGAUCCAAGCCGUCACGCCUGAGGCAUACUCGCAGCUGCGACAUUCUGGAUUCCACCCUUGAGGAGCCUUUGACAUACUACAAGUCGUUGGAGCCUAUCAAACCUCACUGGCCGCGUGCCUGGCGCAGGCUACAUUUGGUUGAUGGCAUUCGGGUCAGAGACAUGGACACCGUGGUGGUUGCCUCUCGCAAUAGCCUCUCCAAGACGAAGAAGGGUUUGCUGAGGUCCUCCAGUGGAACAGUGACGUACUCCAGCACCCACCGCCUCAAGGUGGACUUGGAUGCGCAAGAGAUCGCCUACAUCCUAGGUGGUGGAGUGCCAGGCGGUGGUCAUGCCUGGACACCCUCCAGGCUGGCUGUCGAAUUCAAAACACGCACUGGCAGACCUGGUGUGUGGAUGCACUACGACAUUGGGUUGUCGUCCUUCCUCCUCCUGUUUCCGAAGACGUUUGAAGUGUUCGGACCGGCGAACGAGUUUGUGCGCCUUGUGCGGAAGAACUGCCGGACUCUCCUUGAUGACGUGGAGGAUGCGAUGGUGCGCUUGGCAAUGGGCCGCGAGGACGGACGGAUCCACUACAACAUAGCUGACAGCGCGUCCCAGGAUCCAGAAGAUAAGUGGGUGAAGCACAUGAAUGACCUGAGCUUCGCCAGCGCCAGUCCCAAGGCUCACAUUCUACCUCGCCUGACCACUCACCGACUAAAAGCGGCGUACAUAAAGUCGAACGACUCGGCGGUGGCUCCGGAGAG